AUGUGUACUUUUCGUAUUCUACUGAUUGCUGCAAUAGCGCUGGGUGAUUUGGCCUGGGCCACGCCCUCCGCCUCCGAGCCGGAGAAGAUUUUGGACAACCUGACUCAGCUGAGGCAGAAUGGCUUCCUCGACUGGGUGCAAUCGAUCCUGGGUCCCGAGGUUCCAGCCGAAUGGAGUUCCCCUGCCAAGAGGGAGUGUGCCGAAUGCUCCUGCGGUAAUAUAAAUACCCGUCAUCGGAUUGUCGGCGGUCAGGAGACGGAGGUGCACGAGUAUCCCUGGAUGAUAAUGCUCAUGUGGUUCGGCAACUUCUACUGUGGUGCCUCCUUGGUCAACGAUCAGUAUGCCCUGACCGCUGCCCAUUGUGUGAAUGGCUUCUAUCAUCGCCUGAUCACCGUUCGCCUGCUCGAGCACAAUCGUCAGGAUAGCCAUGUGAAGAUCGUGGAUCGCCGCGUGGCCAGGGUGCUCAUCCACCCGAGCUACAGCACCCGGAACUUUGACAGUGACAUUGCCCUGAUUCGCUUCAAUGAGCCAGUGCGUCUGGGCAUCGAUAUGCAUCCCGUUUGCCUGCCCAUUCCCAGCGAGAGUUACGCGGGUCAGACGGCCGUGGUCACCGGUUGGGGAGCCCUUAGUGAGGGUGGACCCAUUUCGGACACCCUCCAGGAGGUGGAGGUGCCCAUUCUCACACAGGAGGAGUGCCGGCAGAGCAACUACGGGGAGGCGAAGAUCACCGAGAACAUGAUUUGCGCCGGCUAUGUGGAGCAGGGUGGCAAGGACUCCUGCCAGGGCGACAGUGGUGGACCCAUGCAUGUCCUGGGCUCCGGAGAGGCCUAUCAGCUGGCGGGCAUUGUGUCCUGGGGCGAGGGAUGCGCCAAGCCAAAUGCCCCAGGUGUCUACACACGGGUGAGCCAGUUCAACGAGUGGAUUACCGAGAACACCCGGGAUGCCUGCUCCUGUGCCCAGCCAGAAGCUCCGGGUGAAGUGGCUAACACCACCGAGCAGGGAGAACAGGAACAGGAGAACACCACAGCCAAUGGGUCAGCGGAAGCAGAUCCCGAAGUGCAGGAGGCCAACAAGAUUUAA